AUGGCGACAAGACAGGUCGUUGCUAACGAAGUCCUGUACUUUUUGUCAAAUAACUUUGAUUUAUUUGAUAAUGAUAAUUUUAUUGCUAACACGUCUGACUUUUAUACUAAUGAAGACUUCAUAUCUGCUUUGAAAACUUUGAAAACUGAAUUGGAAACUCAAAAUUUGGAUAAAUUAGACAAGUUAGUUGGUCGUGGCAAUACAAAAAAAGAAAAACUCCUAGAUUGUGUCUCAAUUUUGAAAUACUUGAAAAAUAACAGUGUUUUAGAAAAAUGUUCGUUAUUUGCUAGUGUUAAUCUGGCUAAAGUUCCUAAUCUUGACAAUAUAAUUAAAGUUAAUUUCAAAAAUCUGAAAAACGAAAUUAAAGAAAUGUUGUACGCUCAACAGGUAAAAAUUGUUAAUGCAAUAGACAUGCACGGCAUUGAAAUUUCAACAUUGAACAACAAGAUAAAUUUUUUAGCGUCCAAACGAGAUAACUAUAAUUUUGCCAGUCAUUCGAGUAAUACUUCGACGGCAAUAUUUCCGGAAAAAAACAACAUCGUAACUAUGCCUAAUCCAGCUAAUUCAGCUACACUCUGGUCAGAUGUAGUUCAAUCUCCAUUAGAAGACAACCCUUUGCCAUUCAGUAUUGUUGCUCGUAACAAAAAAAGACCAAGACUUAACAAUUCACCUGAAACCAAUCAACCUAAUCCUGCAAUAACUAGCAACAAAUUGGAAUCAUCAAAAUUACCAACUAAAAUAGUUGGCGCUAAAAAAAACGAUAAUAAUAAACUCAGUGCUGAUAAAAAAUUGAUCAAAAAAUCUGUAUUUGCCAUCAGCAACAUCAAAAAAUGCAGCAGAAGUAAUGUGAUUGACUACCUAUCGGAGGUGGGUAUUCAGUUUAAAACAACUGGCCCUAAAAUUUGGAAAUUAUUUGUGCCUCAGGCCAUUCAAAACAUAACAAACAAGCAACUCUUCAAAAAAAGGUUGCAAUCUCAGCUUUACUUACUUCACCCCGACACCACCAUCUAA